AUGAGCUCACAGGAAAAAACAGAGCUGUCAUGUGGGCAGCACGGCACAGGCGUCCCCUGGUACCCCCUGAGAAAAUGGUGGCAGCCCAGCCGUCUUCUCGGUCAGGAUGUUGGCCUGCCGCCUUUCCUGGAGCCUCGGGACCCUCGAUGGCUGGAUGUGGAACGGCUCCAGAGAAGUUUGGCAGCCUGCUUCUUGCCGGGGUACAUAUCCGCUCCGAUGUUUGUGCCCUACAUCUCUUCAUCCAUGCAUUAUCCCGAGCAGAAGAUGAGUAAGGAGCUGUACAAGUGGCGGGUCAGCCUGGACGUGGCUCACUUCUCCCCCUCUGAGAUUUCAGUCAGCAUCAGUGAUGGAUUCCUGGAGGUCGGAGGUACAGAUCAUUAAUCUGCUCGUGGUUCUGUUAAUUAAACAACUCCAAAAGUUCACUUUAUUAACAGUACUAAUUACUUUUACACGCAGGAUAGUUUCUCCUCUGAUUAAAAUGUGAAUAAUCAGGUCUAUCUAAUAUAAUUAUCUCAAAAAGUAGCAGUUAUCUAAAUAGACUUCUCCCACAGUUCACAGCAUAAAUCCCUUAAAACUAAACAAGACUGAAGAGGAAGCUGAAUGUAACAAAAUUAGAGCGCUGCUUAAAUAAUGUGCCCUGGGAAAUCACUGCUCUGUGGCAGAAAUUAAUUUCUGCGUUGAGUGGUUUUCUCUCUGUUGCCUGAUUCCUCUGUGUGUCCUCACAUUCCUCCCCAUAAUCGGUAAUCCAUCCCCAGGGAGGCACGAGGAGAGGCCAGACGAGCAUGGAUUUAUCGCCAGAUGUUUCAUAAGGAAAUACAGGUAAGAAAAGUAAACACUGGUGUAAAUACAGACGAUAAAAUAUUCACACUUCAAGCUCUUUCAAACACCAGUCAGUAGCACAAUACCGCACUAAAGUUUUUUUUUUGACAGUUUCCAAUCUGUAACACACCCACUGAGCUGAGAAAUUAAAUCUCAUGUACAUCAGUGUCAGUGCUUGAAAACAGCAGCACUUUGCAUGUCGAGACACUGUGAACACUCCUCUGUCGUUUUCAGGCUCCCAGCUGAGAUUAAUGUUUCCAAAAUUGCAUCCACACUGUCGGUCGACGGUAUCCUGACCGUUGAGGCUCCAGUUCCUGACACCUCUGUCCCUGCAGCCGUCAGCAUUCCCAUUAAGGUGAGCACAGCUGGAAAUAUAUUUACUCUGUGGUUUAUAAGGACAAUGCAAUGUAGUGACAGUUUUUAUAGGUUUGAUGGAUAUCACAAGGACCAAGCACCAUUCAUAUAUGGAGAAACAGGAAGUGCUUUUCAGGGUUCAAAGUAAAACUUUACUACUCUAAUACUGACAUAAGACUACAUGAUUUCAGUGGAGUUCAAUCUUCAAAAAAAAAUCAAAUACAGCCAAAUCAAAACAGCAUAAAAUGUGGGGUGUAAAACCACAGACUGUAUAUAAAAUGGACGCCGUCUGCCUCCUCGCUGGGUGAAGCCCCCAUAGGAACAGCACCCUCUGGUGACGGGCUGCAGUAUAGGUCAUAAAUCCCGCCUCCCCGGCAAUCCUUAUGGAGCCGUGGACAAACUUAAGAAAUUAAUGACGCAGAAUAUAAACUUUUCUUUCCCCGUGGUUGUGAUGUUGACAUGUAGUUACUGUAAGACUGGUUUGUGCUCAAGUCCUCUUUUUUCUGUACAGCUCUGUUUUUAAAAGUUAUUCUGGGUUCAUGUUGGCUAUGAUUGACUCUUGAUACAGCCUAUGGGCGUACAAAGUUAGUGUAGCUCACCCGGGGGAUAUGCUGUUUGAGCUGAGCGUCACAAAGGUGAUUCUUCCGACGAAUGUGUACAACGCUACUGCGCCAGUGGUGGUUCCAGGAAGUGGAGAAAAUUUCAGAAAUACUGAGAGCAAUUUGGCUUCAAAUUUGUAUAAAGGUGGAAGGUGGAGCCACGUUGUCCAUAGUAUAUACAGUCUAUGUGUUAAACGCACUUUGAUACUUUUUUAAUCAAAGAGAUAUGAGCUGUGACCCUGCACCAAUUUAAAAUCCUGAGAGGGUUACUUUUUUGUGUUACAUUUGCCUGGCAUCGCCUGAAUCCAUUAAAUUCAUCUUCUUUUUUUUUAAGGUUUUCUGCAACAGCCACAUGCAGAACUACCUUCCAGUGUGGAUCCACAAUUUAGGACGCCAAGUGGCCCAAAUCAGCCAUGAUACUUGAAAUCUUAAAUUCCAGACACAAUUCAAUAUGUCUCCAUCACAUUAGUGGGCACCAUUAUAGACCACCAUUUGGUUUAAAUGCAUGCCUUUGACAAAAUAAGGAGAAAAUGUCCCUAUAAAGUGAAUGCCAUUUGUACCCACAAUGCAAUACACUUUAGCUGUGUUCCAGUUCAGGGGCUGCAGCCUCCAAAGGAGUAGGCUGUGUCGGCUUGCAUGGACUGGAAAGAUCAAACUGAACUGAGACAGUCCUUUUGGGGAACUGGUCCUUUUAAGACCUUUGGAGAACCACAUGCUUUUGUCACUUCCCUAAUAAUUGACCUCCUGGGUCCCCUCUUAUAGAGCCAGCCCAUUUUCAAAUAAAGGACUGUUAUUUGUCUGGUGUAUCUAACACAGAGGCGUAGUAGUUUAGGAUUACAUCAGGCCAAGACAAACCACAAAAAAUGAAUAUAAACCUUUGCAACAAAACCUGUAAUUACUGGUUAAAAUCAUAGACCAGAUAACUGUUGUUUAAGUGCUUCAAAGAGACUCUUUUACAGGGCCAAGCUAGCCCCUUUCAACAGUCUGCAGUCUUUAUACCAAGCUACCGGCUUCUGUCUGCAGCUUUAUAUAACACUUGUCAGACUGAGCAGGUAUUGAUCGUUUCAUCACCAAAAGAAAUCAUCACAUUUUCCAAAAUGCCAAGUCAUUCUUUUCAGCUGAUUUUCACAACAAUCAGUGAACAAUAUCUCCUGAUUGCCUCCAUUUCAGUAUACCUCUUGAGUUUCCUCUAAUGAAAGGACUGGCAUACAAAUUCAGUAAUGAGGUGGGGCAUGAAAGGCAAGCCAGCUAACCUUUAAUUAUGAGCGUUCAUUUAAUUUCACUGCUGACAUUUUCCACACAUUAAUGCAUCAACUCAGGUGGAGAUGGAGGCGGCUGGAGACAAAAAGGAGAAAGAAGGAGCCCCUGAUACAGACCCAGGCAGCUGCAGUGCACCAGAUGACCCAGACAGUACAUACGCAGGGGCUGAUGGUGAGGAGUCGCCUCCACUAGAGGUCCGUGGUGAUCAGGCCCACCCUGGCAGCUCUGCAGCUGGACUCCAACAGCAUGAAGAGAAGAGGGAAGAAGGGGAGGAGACCCGUGAAAAGCCAGCUGGAGAGUCCCACCUGUCAGAGCCUGCACAUGGCGAAGGCACCGAGAGUUUUCAAGAUGCUUUUAUGCACGAUGCGGCUCCAGAAAUCCAAGAAAACCUGGACAAAGACAUGCUCAAACAGCAGGAACACAACGAACCAGACAUGGAUGGAGAAAAGCAAGAAAUGCAAGGCUCAAGCACUGCUGCAGAGAUCACCCAGCCUGAGGGGGCAGAGCUGGACAAGGGUCCACCAAGCCAGGUCCCGAGCCAAGAGCUGGAGGACAUAAAACAAGAAUACACCAAGUAGAAACAUGAAAAUGCUUUGAUCACUUAUCAAUCAAACAGCCUGCUUAGUUUACCUUGCAUAAGGUCUAGUAAACAAAUAUAUUUGCCAAAUAAUCAUGGGAGCUCCAAUAAAAAGCAGAAAGCAUGUGAAAAUGUUGAA